AGUUGAUAUUCGUGAGGCGGUCAAAUCUUGAAGUCAUAUAAACAUCAAAAGUCUCAGAUAUGUACCUAAGUACUCGAGUACCUAGGUACAUACUAAUAGUGUACCUGGUAUUGACUUUGGCGCCAAGACCCCAUUAAAACGCGUAAAAACACGCCCCGGAAGGGACUAAUGACGCGCAUCGCGUAUCCCCCACUUUCCAGUUCCAAGUUUCCACGCUCUCUCCUAAUCGUCUGAUCAGCCGCCCCAAUCUGCCGUCCAGCCUCCUCCGAACAGACCUCUUUUCCCCCUUCUUUCCACCAUCGUCAUCCACGUACUUGGGACGGAAGCAUCCACACCGGACGGGAUUAAUGUUUUUAUCGGUUUGACGAGCAAUUUCUUUAACUCAUUUGCUUUCUUCUCCGACCCCUAUCAGCGAAUAAUCGAUCAGCGUGGCUGUGUCGUUUCGACUUGGUGGGUUCGCUCUCCGCAGAGCCUAGUGUAUUGGGAAUUAUUGGCAUUCUACCUCCUAUUCCAUCACCACGAUAGACCCGAUCCGUUACAGACAAGCCUCCGGAACUCUGGGGGUCGUCAUUUGAUCCGAGGCAACCUGGUGACUGGUCCCCGUUCGUGUGGGCCGCAUCGCAUCAGACACGUAACCCCAUCCCUAUAUCGAUCUACUCAGCCUGCCAACUUCCAGCCAUGUCAGCUCCGCGAACCAAGCGUCAAUUCGCAGGUGCAGCUAGCGAUCCUGCUCAACGACACAUUACUUCGUUCUUUAGCAGCAGCGCAUCACCAUUAUUGCCGUCGUCCUCCUCGCAACAUCUCGACGUCCCCCCUUCCCCUCCCUAUAUCAACAGCCCUCCUUUGCCGGCAACCGUGCAAGCUAACCUACUAUCGGUGGGCAUGCGAGUGCGCAAAUCCGUACCCGAGGGCUACAAGACAGGAAACUACAGCGCCUUCGCGCUCUUCGACGAGAACGUCACGGCCAACCCCCAGGCAUACGGCGGCACCAUGGGCGAAGGCCGCUCGCGAGCAAACGCCAUCUCGACUCCACGGGAACUGCUCCCAUUCUGCGGGAUUCACAAAGUCGGCGGCUUGGAUACGCAACCCGAACACACCUCCCCCUUCAUACUCCCUCCCUCAUCCUCUUCUUAUUCUUCCUCUUAUAUCCCUACCUCCGCCCCAUUCACCACCCACCAACCCCUCCUCAGCAUAAACGGGCUCCCCCUAGACGACGCCAUGACCGACGACGACGACGUCCCGGGCCUGACCAGCAGCCAAGACUCGUUGGACUCCGUGGCGCCUCCCGCAUCCCCCUCGAACACCCGCUCGACGCGCAAGCGCUCCUACACGGAAGACGAGGAGCCGGAAGCCCCGUCGACGCCCGGCCGCCUCAGCGUCGCGAGCUUCGACUUCAACGUCUGGCGCGACGGGCUCGUCGACGGCGAAGUCAGCCCGCGCAGCCAUUACCUGCCUUUCUCUUCCGCGCCCGCGCCCGCGCCCGCGAGCGAGAGUAGCUAUAACGGCCGCGCUAUCGCCGUGCCCCGUAAGAUGAGGGCCCGUAGCGGAGGAGGCGGCGCGAAGGCGGCGGCCGUCGUCAGCAGGGGCCGGGAUAAUGUCGUGGUGUUUGGCGAUGGGGAUGCGGAUGUGGAUGUUGACGCGAAUGAUUUCGGAGAGGCGGAUUUCCUGGUUCGGACUGGGGAGUGGGAGGUUGAGAUGAGUGAUGCGUGAGAUUUGAAGGAUUGUUUGGAUUGGAGGGGUGGGGUGGGGUGUGGUAUGAUAAACAUCUAGGUAUGCAUGUUUGUAAGGGGGGCUGCAGAUUGCCGUUAUGCUGCGUUGGACGCUGGGAUACCCAAGAGAUAGGGACAGACGGGGG